AGUUCUUUCCUUAUCUUCAUUUUUUUCCCAAUUCCUAAUUUCAGUACUGUAAAAACAUAUUAUGGAGCAGCCGUUAUUACUUGUUUACAGGGUUUCUGGUCUCACAACAGAGAUGGCCUUCUCUUCUUGCUUUUGCCAUUCUUCAUUCUCCUUCAAGGUUGACUAUGGCAAGAAGACUAUAAGACAUUGGAGCAACGAUAGAAGUGCACAAAGCUUCACAUUUACGCUGAGAGGUUAUAACACUGAAGUCUUAGGUCAACAACUUGUGACAGUGGAAUCUCACAUGCACAAGGACUGGAGUUUUGUCGGAGGUUCAACAGUUACUAUAAGACCAAAACUUGAGAGAUCUAUUCCACAUCGAAAAUGCUCUGGAGUAUACAUGUCAUGGUUGGCAAGUUCUCAAAUUGCUAGUAGAGUUUUUACUUUGGCAACGACUGCAGUUCUCCCAUUUUAUGCCCUCAUGGUUCUGGCACCUAAAGCUCAACUGACAAAAGUAUUUACAGAGAGUAGUAUACCAUAUGUUCUGCUUGGAGUUCUUUAUGCCUAUCUACUAUACCUCUCUUGGACUCCUGAAACGCUUCGGUUGAUUUUUGGAAGUAAAUACUGGCUGCCUGAGCUGACUGGUAUAGCAAAGAUGUUCACCAAUGAGAUAACAUUAGCUUCUGCCUGGAUUCACUUGUUGGUUGUUGAUCUCUUUGCUGCAAGGCAGGUUUUCAGCGAUGGUCUGCAAAACCAAAUAGAGACUCGACAUUCAGUUUCUCUUUGCCUGUUUUUCUGCCCCAUUGGAAUACUGACUCAUGUCGUUACCAAAGCACUUACUAAAAGUGGUGGAAGCUUAAGCAGUCACAGUAUACAUUGACAACUAAACUAUGCUGAAACAAUCUAAGAAUUUAGGGAAGUUGAAAAAAAAAAAAAAAAAAAAACAACUUUCACUUGAAUGAAGUCGCUUAAUUUUAUAGAUUCCUUUAAAUCACUGAUCUUAUUGGAAUGAUUAAGUUAUUUAAUGAUUGUUGUUAGUUGUUACCAUUGUAUUGAGCCAAGAGCACUAAUUGUAGCAAUUUAGUUCUGGCACCUCUUCAUCUUCUUUCUUGCACCUCGAUAAAUAGAUGUCGGAGGAAGCCUUUGUUGAUUGUUCUCUCUGUAAUGUCAUGCUCCUCGGUAGAUGGAUGUGGUUUGUUGUAUUGUACUGAUGUUCUAGUGACCAGUAAGAGUUUCCAGCACCACUGAGGACAUAUGCCAAUUGUCGAACCUCGUGUAAGUUCCGUAUGGUAUCAGAGUGGGAUCGUCUGCUGUUUUUCAAUUCAAUCUGAUGGCGAAGAUCCAAAGUAUGAGGAAUGCUUUGCCUGUUGCCAGCCAGGAUCAGCAAUCCAAGGUCUUGAGAAUUUUGUCUUUUUUAUUUUGCAUGACAUCUUUGGAUCUCUUUCAAGGAGAUGCAUGGAAUUCAAAACAAUGCAGACAUGAUUUUUCAGUUGAACAAGGAUAAAAGCAGAUGUUCUUUAUUCA